CCUUUAGGCAUUUUAGGGUUACUUUGAGGUGAACCCCGUACGCGAUUAGAUCGUGAGGCCCUUUUCGAUACAUUCCGAGUCUUCCGCGCCCAAUAUCUCCACGACAUUGAGGGAACUUACAAAAUCAAUCAUGCAUAAAUAUACAUCACCCAUUGCAACGGCGUUGCUGUUCUCCCUAGCAUCUGCCGUUCCGAAUGUUCAUCCUAGACAGACAGACAGCGCCCUUGAGCCGUGGGUUACUGUUGACGCAGAUGGCAAGCCAAGCACUGUCACACCUGUUCUCAGCACGAUUAGUGGAACUACUACCAUUAUAUCAGGCGCCCCUCACGAUCUGACUGCUACUGUCUUCACUGAAACAAACUACGGAAAAGUUUCCACGAGCACGGGCACUGCUCCCAUGGCUACCGCCACUGGCGGCGGCGACGCUGGCUCAUUCCCAAUUUGCCAUAACAAGGAUGGCGACAACGCUCCAUGGUGUCAACCAACCGAUGGGGCACCAUUGUACCCAGGCACCACCUACUAUUUUACUUGGGAUCCCACGUACUUCACAGCUCCAAACACCACCAUCUUAGUUCAGGGGAAUUAUCUCAACGAGACAACCGGAGAAGUCACCGACCAAGCUUUCGAGUCACCUAAAUGGUUAGCUUCUUGGGGCUUCUGGAGCUACACGAUCGAGACAAGCUUGAUGAAACAUCAGUCUGCCAAGAAUAUUACUUUGCAGCUUGCCACGACGAACGCUACCGUGGGAGCUAGCACUAUUAUCAAGGGCCCUACGGUUCUGGUCACCAACUAUCCCGUGUAUCAGCCUGACACCGGCAAAUCCAUAGACAAGACUGCUUUAAUCAUUGCUCUGCCAACUGUGUUCGGUCUCAUUGCGCUCUGCGUUAUCGGAACCUGCAUCUGGAACAGGAAGUCUCGGCAAAUCGGUAUCGGAAACAUCAUGUCGCGCGGCAGGAACGGAUAUGGUAUCGGCAAAAGUUCGCGCUCUCGAAUGGGAUUCGGCAAGGACAAGGCCAAGGCUAACGAGCGCAUCCAAUUAAUGGAGCGGGAGGUUGAGGCUAAUGGUGGCGAGGUUUACCGCGAUGUGCCGGAGCUGCCUCGACGAGACAGUGAUGCCCUGGGUAGCUUAGCAGGUACGCCAACCGAGGACCGACGCAUGGAUUUCUAUGGACCUGAUUCUCGAGACCAACGAGAUCGAUCCCGACCAUCUAGAAAUGUAUUCCAAGACGAACUGAGAAGACAGGACCAUGAGGGGAGGAUCUAGGGAGUCUUCUCAAGGCCUACAUUAAUGGGACAGCAUUGGAAAGGCAUAUGAAGGAUCAUAAUAUGGCAACCACUUAGAUCACCAUGAAACGAGUUUUCCAUGUCUAAAAUGGAUGAUGAUGGGAUCAUGCCGUAUAUGUGCGCCGAAUUGGCUCUGGUUACGAAUGAAGAUCAUGCGGGAAAUAUAGAUGCACCACGACUCGCAGUGUACGUUUAAAAGAUGAAGCAGGCAUGAUGAAUUAAUGAAUUGAUAAAU